AUGGACAGCCAGACCCUCAUCAUCCACUGGCUUUUCAGCUGGAUUGCGCUCCUCAUCAUGGGAACCAGGCUCGUCUGGAGACGAGUGGCUAAGGAGACCUAUAACAUGGGAGACUACUGCACUAUUGGUGCAAUCGUCUGCGCGUUGGCAAGACUUUCUUUGAUUCAUGUCACACUUAUAUGGGGCACCAAUAAACUGUCAGACGCGUAUCGAAGUACGCAUGUCCUCACUGUUACGGAUAUCUACCAACGGGAAAUUGGAAGCAAACUUGUCAUAGUGAAUCGUUUCUUUUAUAACUCAUACCUCUGGCUACAAAAGUUGACUUUGUUGGACUUGAAUAUUCGCCUCAUCAGACAUAAUCGAUUCGAGAAUGCCAUCAUAAGAACAUAUCUUGUCGUGUUCUUCAUAUCCUAUGUCGCUGUUCAGGUCAUGACUUUUGCCGAAUGCCGGCCCUUUCACCUCUAUUGGCAGGUUGUACCAAGCCCAGGCAAAUGUGCCGAGGCGCAAAUCCAGCUCUUCGUUCUCGGAAUUCUCAACAUUAUCACAGACAUUAUGCUAUUCGUCCUUCCAAUUCCGGUAGUACUGAAAUUGCAGGUUCCAUGGCGAAAAAAAGCUCAAAUAGUUGCUCUAUUUGCCCUUGGCGUCUUUAUUAUUGCCAUAACUCUUAUCCGAUUACCGAUAAAUUCGAGUCAUGGCCUAAGCCAAGACAACAGAACGACGUGGAUGGCUACUGAGCUGGUGACGUCGGCUAUUGUUGUCAACGCCCCAGCGAUCUACGGAUUAUGGAACAAGAAGAGAGUCCAGCAAAGGACUUUAACUCAUCAGAGCAACACUCGUAGCCAGAGUGGGAGUAGAAAGGAAAGCACGUACAAGACAACGAUUUUGGGUAGCGGUGAUUCUUACUCGUUAGGCCCUAUGCCCAAGGUGGGGGCUGGAAUAUGGCAGACAAGGGAGGUCACCGUUGUUGAAGAUGUUCAGGGUGAAGGGAGAAGAGACAAGGAUGAUGAGGAACUAUCAGAAGAGCUGGGGUAUUCUACAAGAUGUUCGAGCGAGAGAGAAUUCAUGCGGCGCUGA